AUGCUGUAGCCAGUUCACGGCUCGUCCCGGCCAUCGGGCUGGCCUGGAACAAAAGACUGGCACGCUGGCCGAGGGUCGACACGACUGUUGCUUCUGUGCACAAAAGACAAAAGGCAAAGGCAAUGCCGGCAAAAGCUGCCGCCUCGUCCGGGCCUGCUAGGCAACCUGUUCCGUCUUCGCUCCGUGGGCAUCCACCCAUCACGCCCUCGCCCCCAGUUUUCACCAUGGAGCUGCAAUCCCGAGAGUGUCCAGCGCCAUCUCGUUCCGGCGACGCGCCAAAUUUCUGUUUAAUCAAACUCGACUUGCCCGGGCCUGGACCUAGAGUUUUCCCUCGCUCGCUCCCCGUGCUGAAGCGGACUUGCGCAGUCGACGCCACCGCCCCACCCCGACCGUUUCUUCGUUUCUGUCCGCUUCACCAACAUUGCCUGCAGCAAAGGCAUGUUGCGGCCUGCCAUCAUGUCUUACGUCAGGUUGUCACUGCGUCAAAGAAUGGAUCUAAGAAUAUGCACGAUACGAAACCGACUUUGGGUACCGUACGUUUGGUAGCCAGGCACGAAGGGUCAAGAAGUUGACAAUACCUCUUUCCCGUGGCAUCAGGGAUAAUGCCCUUGUGCACUGUCACCAUGUUGAGUACGGGACCACAUUUGUUCUGCGGAGCGUCUGAACACUCUCUCCCG